AAAAAAGGGAGUAGUUCCGCCUCCUCCUACUGCAUGUUGAAGAUGUAACUUUUCAAAAUGAUCGAGGAGGGGGAUGGUCCUCAGUGUCUGCCUGCCGCGGAGGAACUAGCGAAGGAGGAUCCACCACCGGUUGUGGGUGGAUCCGCAGGCCCACCUGGUGAGGAUGCCGACGCGCAGGAUUUAGAAACAACGGAGGCCCACGAAGAUGAAAAUACGCUGGUGCCUGCUCCUUCGGGGACUCUCGGUGCCACCGUCUCUUCGUCUUCGAAUACCGCAACAAGCGGGAUUGCAGCAGAGGAAGACGCUGCAGAGGACAAGGACACCAGCGCUACAGAGGCAGAACCGAUUAAAACGCAGGAGCAUGAUGGCGAGGACGAUCCCAAGGUACAAGUACAACCACAACAUCCUGUGCACGACUCGGAGGAGAAACCACAACCAAAAGAGGAAGUCGAGGAAGCUCUUCUUGAACCAGCAGCAAAGCCAACGAAGGCUGAGACUCUUGCACCAGCAAAACAAGAUGAUGGCAAAAAGUUGUUCGUCAGCGAGUCUUUGUCUUCCGUUGUCGAGCCAGCGAAGCCUGAAGAAGAAGUGCCGCACUCGACGAGAGGAUGCGUUCGCCAAUAUUGGGGAGAAAUGCCGGAGGUGCAUAAGGUAAUAGAUGUACAAUGUCUUUCUUCGCCACUACCAGUUCUAGUGCACUACCAAUUCUAAUAUACAUCUCCACCCAUUUUGCUAGACACAUGCAAAUCGUGGUUCUGGGAAAUUCCUCACCUGUGGUUCCAAUCCUCUGAGUCGGUCUGAUCCCUCCAAAACAAAAACAGACCAGGGCCGGCCAAGUGUGGAGUUCUGCCAAAAACGAGAUCGCACGGAUGAAGUUACCCGCUCAUGUUGAGAGGGAUAGAGUGACAGUACCGAUUGCGCCUUUUUUCAGUAUGAUAUGCGAGUACACAGCGGACACGAAAUACGGUUUCAAACAGAGAAGGAAACGACCGCUGCUGCCGCCUGUGUACUUACAACUUUUUCAAUUGGAGGAUUUGAUGAAAGAAUUGCUACCCUAUUGGAACCUGACCUCUUGCUUCUAGGAUGACGAGCAAAUCAUCCUGCAACAUUUUCAUGUUCGUACAAAAAAGCACCCUAUUGGAACGUAUUCUCAUCUUUCAUCUUUCAUCGACGUCCAACAUAUACACCAAAAUUGAAAAUUGAAUCGUCCUGCUCACCCAGACACCUAACUCGGACCGACAGCCGACCAACGGAUACCUCUAUCCUAAUAGACAAAGAAAUCGAGAAACAGUACGUAAAACUGCUUCCUGGUCGCGACGGCGUCUAUUCCUGGGCCAAUCAACGGUACAAAGCACAGGAAGCGAGAGAUCAAAUCUCUGGGAAGCAGAUGCAAGAACUACACGGUAAAAACGAACGGGGAAACUCGAAGAUGAAGCACACUUCAAGGACCCUAGGAGCUGUAGGACAGUCUUCGAAGACUGAUGGGCAAAGGAAUACAAGUAGUUCUAGUACUGCAACAGGUGGAAAUCACGCUAGAGAAGCUUCAUCGUCAUCUACGCGAAUUGGACUAACGAGCAGUUCCUCAUUCCGCAAUGGGGGCCGAGGUGCUGCUACCAAAUCCCAUUCGGGGGGAUUCCAUUUACCUUCUCUGUAUCCACCCCCCCACAAGCAGGAUAUAACUAGGACUCCUGUAGUUGCACUUCACGACCACGAGUCUUCUCCAGAUACAACUAAGUUCAGAGACGGUGUCCAUUCUAUGGUGGCACCAUCAAAUCCAGAAUCCUACAGUACUAGGGGUCCUUCUAUGAAGAUGCCGUAUUAUCGUCAUGAUCUCGGAAGAUCUUUUGCAGCACUUUCAUCUUCUUCAAAGGAUUUUACUACUAAGAGACGAUACAUAGCGCAGUGUGGAUGA